GCGGCUGUCGGCCUUUAGCAGGUUUGGUUGCUCCGAGCCACGUUGACCGGACGGGGUAUUUGGGGAAGGUGUUCACAGCCUGCGGUUUGGGGGCUUUAAGCGCACUUUCCAGCCGCUGCCCUAUUGUCACCGGGACUGGCCGAGUCGAUUCGAAGCGCCCUGUGCAUCCAGGGGAUGAGUGUUGGGUUCAUUGGAGCGGGCCAGCUGGCCUUCGCCUUGGCUCGUGGAUUCACGGCCGCAGGGGUCCUGGCUGCACACAAGGUUAUAGCAAGUUCACCAGAUCCUGAUCUACCUACCGUUGGAGGCCUGAGGAAACUGGGCGUCAAUUUUACCUCGAGCAACAAGGAAGCAGUUCAGAAGAGUGAUGUACUGUUCCUGGCUGUUAAGCCACCCAUUAUCCCUUUUGUGUUGGAUGAGAUUGCUCCCGACAUCGAAGAUCGCCACUUGGUUGUGUCGUGUGCUGCUGGUGUCACAAUUAGCUCCAUUGAGAAGAAACUGUCUGUUGUGCGCCAGUUUCCCAAAGUGAUCCGUCUAAUGACUAACACCCCGGUGGUAGUGCGAGAGGGCGCCACGGUGUACGCCACAGGAACGCACGCAGAGGUGGAGGAUGGGAACCUGCUGGAACAGCUGAUGGCCAGUGUCGGUUUCUGUGUGGAGGUGGAAGAGGACCUGAUUGAUGCAGUCACUGGCCUCAGCGGCAGUGGGCCUGCCUAUGCUUUCACAGCUAUUGAUGCCUUGGCAGAUGGUGGUGUGAAAAUGGGUCUCACUCGUAGAUUAGCAGUUCGACUUGGUGCUCAAGCGUUGAUGGGAGCAGCCAAGAUGCUGCUGGAGUCUGAGCAGCAUCCUGGGCAGCUGAAAGAUAACGUGUGUUCACCAGGAGGUGCGACCAUCCACGCCCUUCACUUAAUGGAGAGCGGGGGAUUCCGCAGUCUCCUUAUCGAUGCCGUUGAAGCCUCCUGUAUAAGAACGAGGGAGCUCCAGUCUCUUGCAGACCAGGAAACUGUCCCCCCAGCUGCCAUUAAGAAGACCACACUGAACAAGGUGAAACAGAGUGCCUCUAAAGCUGGCAUCAGCCUCUUCAACCACAAGUACCCUGGAAGCAAGGGUCAUUAAAUGCAGGAACUAGCAUUUGCAAUUGGAUGAAAGAAAGAAGAAGAGAAUUACCAAACUACAGAUCAAUUACAUAAAGGAAGGACAAUCCUUUAUCACUGUGCUGUAUUGCUUCUUAAUCUACAGUUUGUUGAAAUGGUAAUGUGGAGAUGAGAAUGCAUAUUUAACAUGCCCUGUUGAAAAUGAGGACUGAUUGUGAAGUAACACUGGCUAUAGCAGUACAUAUAGCUUGUUACAUUUUUUUCUUCCUUGAGUAGAGAUGUCAUUACAUUGCAGAAGAGCAAGAGAAUAGUUGGCCAAUAUGAAGAUGUUUUAUAUGGGAGCUUGCUGAGCUCAAAUUGGCUCCAGCAUUCAUGUAAAUUGCUUUGGCCGUGCAAAAGGUUGGCUCCUUUUGUGAAUCUUCCCAUGCAGACUGGGGAAAAAUAACUUCUCUAGCUUUCUGUCCCUCAGUCAGUUUCAUCUAGAGAUAUCUACAGCCCUUUAAUCCCAUGAGUUGAGCCAUAUAGACAUCAACCAGAGGCUGACAAAUGUUGACCUUGUUAACAAAUCCCAGAUUUGAAAUCAGGUUUAUUAUCACCUGAAAUAGGUUCUGAGAUUUGUCAUUUUGUGUCAGCAGUACAGUGCAACACAUUACGAUAGGUUGCAAUAAGAAAUACAAAAUUAAAUAGUCCAAAAAGAGAGUCGUAUCAAGGAAUGAAUUUAAACAAAGUCUGCUAAAGCUAUGUGGUACUUUAUUAAAUACAUUUCAACUUUCCUCAACCCUUUUAUUUUCUUGGAGAACAGCUUUAUACUUGCCAGUUGCAACUUGCCUUUUUCAAAUGUGUUGGCUAUUAGUUGUUAAUCCAUUUUUUCCCCCAAGUGAGAAAUACAUGUAUGCUAGUUUCAUGUUUUAUUCUGGGACCAUACUUUGUAACUGUAACCACAGAAAUUUCUCCAUGGUAACUUUGCAUGGGAUGACGAGUGCUGGCUUUCCAUGUUGAUCUUUAUUUUGUCUAAUGAACAGGGCACGUACAAUCUCCAGGAAUUGAAUACCAUUCCACUAGAUAGGUGGGCAAUUUCUUUGAAAAUAAAUUAGAUCUUUCUCUCAUCCAGUUAUUUACAGGAAUGAUUUGGGUGGGCUUCUUGCUGAAGGGCUGAGUUGAGGAGUGAUGAAGGCAAUAUCUAGCCUGUUGGGAAAAGUAUAUGUUCUUCGAGUCUUAACAAAUAGUCUUCUUGAAGGGGAUUUAAAACAAAAAGUAUGGUUAAUGUCUAUUAUUUGUACAAAGUAGGGUGCAUCUUUUUGAAAAUUAAUAUUCUGCUCAUUUUAAUCUCCCUGGGCUUGAAAUUUGUUCCAAAUUUCAUGUGUGAUAUCAAAGCAGAGGAUAAUAUAGUUUGCAUUUAUAGUCUUGGACCGAGGUGAAUUUUCUUCCCCAUUGACUUGUAAAUGUUUACAGAAAUUUCAGUAACACGGCAUUACAGCAUGUUCUAUCAAGUUAUUUACAUAAAAUUGAGUAGAUCUGAGAAAAUGUUUAAUGUGGGUACAGUUUUAACCUUUUGUUUGAUAAAAGAACAAUUGAGACAAUCCAAUAUAUUAAUGGUAAUCUAACUGUUUGUACUUGAGCUGUAAACCAGUGCCUCAGUCAGCUACAAAUACUUUCAGGAUCAUUCAUGAAACUAAUGUUGAGGAUGUACUUAUUCCACACUUUGGUCUUGCAGCCAGACCAAGAGAGAAUAUUAUGAACUACCAGAAGUGAUCAGUAAUGGUAUGUAUUAUAAGUUAACUAAAGUGAUUAAAUUCUGUUCAUUUACAUCUUGGUCAUCAGUUGGGAAAUGCUGCAGACUUCCUAUAGGUACUCUAGAAAAAGUAGAAUAAAAUUUUAAACAUUUGCCAGGACUGUGCCUCCUGGUUUUGUUAUGACUAAUGGAUCAUCAUCUCAAAGCACGGCCUCUUUUUAAGUAUUAUAGAUUUAUAGGCCUAUCUGGCAAAAUGAAGCUAGUCUACCAAAUCACAAGUGAAGAGUUCCUGGUUAAGUUAUUGAAUUGUUAAUCUGUGGAGUUCAUUGCCACAUAUGGCUUUAGAGGCCAAAUCAUUAGGUAUAUGUAAAGCGGAGAUUUAUAGGUUCUUGGUCAGUAAGGUGUCAAAGGUUGUGGGGAGAAGGCACGAGAAUGGGGUUGAAAGGGAUAAUAAAUUUCAGCUUCUUACUUCAUUUCCCCCUUCCUGCACUCACCUGGCUUCACCUAUCAUCUUCCAGCUUGUACUCCUUCCUUUCCACCCACCUUAUUCUGGCUUCUUCCCCCUUCCUUUCCAGUCCUGAUGAAAGUUCUUGGCCCAAAAUGUCGACAACUUAUUCCUCUCCAUGGAUGCUGCCUGACCUGCUGAACUUCUCCAGCAUUGUGUAUGUGUGUUGCUCUCGACUUCCAUCAUCUGCAGAAUGUCUUGUGUUGAUAAAUGGGCCAUGAUGGAAUGGCGGGCACAAAUGAUGGGCCCAAUGGCGUAAUUCUGCUCCUAUGUCAUGGUCUUAUCAUACAAAUAUUUGUAAUAUAAGUAGUUCUGGUUGGUAUUUUUUAAUUAUCUGACAGUUUGGAGAAUUGUUUACAAUAUUCCAACAAAUAAAUAAUGCUGUGAGGGUGAACUUCCUUUGAGUCAACAUCAAGGAAUUCACUACUUAAUGAAAUUUACAAUUUAAAUACCAAAAUAUUUAUUCAUAGUAUCUGUUACAUCAGGGUGGGACUUGUACAUUGAAUGGUAGCACCCUGGGGAGCGUAGUGGAACAGGAGGCCUAAGAGUACAGUGAAAGUGGCUUCGCAGGGAGACAGGUGGCACACUGACCUUCAUUUAUCAAGGCAUUGAGUGUAAAUAAUUGAGCAACUCUAGAAUCACAUCUGAACUUUUUAAUCAGUAAAAACUACCUUUUAACUUUUAUUUACUUCUGUUUCUACUACCUCUCCAAUUUCAUAUCCAUUUUUAAAACUACUACCAAGGACAUCUGCUCCAGAGGUUGGAGCAACGGAAUCAGAAUUGGAAUUAUCACUGGUCCUGAACCUUUUGUACUUUGUAUUGCCCUUGGGCAAUAGGCAAGCAACAAACAUGUUGGGAAUUACACAUGCAGAUGCAUCAUGAGAAUGGGAAUAAAUGACCUCGAUAGAGUGGAUGUGGAGAGAAUGUUUCCUGUAGUGGAGGAGUCUAGGACCAGAUUGCGAAGCCUAGAAGGAUAUUCCUUUAGAACAAAGAUGAGGAGGAAUUUCUUUAGCCAGAGGGUGAUGAAUCCGUGGAAUUCAUUGCCACAGAUCGCUGUGGAGUCACUGAGUGCAUUGAAAGCAGAAACUGAUAGGUUCUUGAUUAGGAAGGGUGCUAAACAAUACAGGGAAAAGGCAGGAGAAUGGGGUUGAGAGGGAUAAUAAAUUAGCCACGAUGGAAUGACAGAACAGCCUUGAUAGGCCGAAUAGCCUAUUUCGGCUCCUAAGCCUUCUGGUAAACUUGUUCACAAUGCAGCACUUCAUACACACUAUAUUGUUAGUAAGAUAAUGUGAAAGGAAAGCCAGCAUUAAAGCAGUAAAUUUUAAGUGAUUUGUUGCUCAAUAUAAAAGUAUGUCAGUUAACAAUGUAAUUUGUAUCUAUGCAGCUUCACUAUAUAUUUAAUAAAUAAAAGAUGUUUUCUAAAUUACUUAUUACUUAUCUGUUCCACACAUUAAUGCUUAAAUUGAGUCUCAGAGGAUUGCAACACAAAAAACAGACCCUUUGGUCCAUCUAAUUCAUGCCAAUCUCAUGCCAACCUAGUUCCCCUCCCAUACUUAUACAGGCAUCCAUUAGUCUCGUGAGACCAUGGAUUUGUGCCUUGGAAGGUUUUUCCAGGGCACAAGCCUGGGCAGGGUUGUGUGGAAGACCGGCAGUUGCCCAAGCUGCAAGCCUUCCCCUCUUGGACCCAAGCAGCUUGGCACCAGUGUCAUUGCACAGCAAUGUGUGGUUAAGUGCCUUGCUCAAGGACACAAACACACUCCCUCAGCUGAGGCUUGAACCAGUGAUCUUCAGGUUACUAGUCUGAUGCCUUAUCCACUAGGCCAUGUGCCAACACAACACCCAUACUUAUAGAGAUCAGCAUAUUAAGAAGGUAUUUUGGACCUUCAUUGUGGGUCUGGAACAUCACUCUUCAUUUGUGUGUUUUCAUCUAGUUUUAAGAUAGCAUUUUGUGUUGUUGGGAUGAUAGCAGCUGGGUUAAUUUCCAAUGCCCUUAAAGAUAGUUGUGACCCAUAGCCUAGACCUUAUGGGGUAUAUUGUCUACAUCAGGGGUUCCCAACCUUUUUUAUGUCAUAGACCAAUACCAUUAAGCAAGGAGUUUGUGGAACCCAGGUUGGGAGCCCCUGGACUAUAUGAACUUCAACAAGACCUUUGACAAGAUCCUGCAUGGUAGGCUUGUUUGGAAGGUUGGAUUGCAAGGGAUCGAGGAAGAAUUAGCUACUUGAAUCCAUGAUUGGCUUGACAAAUAAUAAGGUGCAUUUACAACACCAGUUUAAAAAGUAAAUGGUAUAACACUACUGGCACUUUAUACGCGAUGAGAACUGGGCCGGGAGUUCAGUAGUCUUACUGCAUAGGUGAAAAAUCUGAUUUCUAUCCUAACAGUUCUUGUCCUAAUGCUACAGUACCUACUGCCUGAUGAUAGAGAGUCAAACAAUUGGUUGGAUGGAUGGUGGGGGUCAUUGAUGAUGAUAAGGGCCUUAUGUGUGCAGCACUCCUGAUAAAUAUCUGAUAGGUGGAGGAGAGACCCUGAUGAUCCUGUCAGCAAUCCUUUGUCGGGUCUUGUGAUCAGAUGCCUUGCAAUUCCUGUACCAGAUGGUGACACAGCUGGUCAGGACAUUCUCAAUAGUGCUCCUGUAAAAAUUGGGUGGAAUAGGUGGGAGGGGGAAGUAAAUGCCUUGCUCACCUCAAUCUCCUCAGGAGAUGGAGAUGCUGCUGUGCUUUAUCGGGCAAAGAGGUGGUGUUGAGGAACCAGGUGAAACCAUCUGUUAUGUGCACUCCCAGAAACUUGGUGUUCCUAACUCUCUCCACGGAGCUGUUUAUGUGCAGUAAGGAAUGGUCAGCCUGCACCUUCCUAAAGUCCGCAAUCAUCUCAUUGGUAUUGCCCAUGUUGAGACUCAAGUUGUUGUGCUUGCACCACUCUACCAGGUGCACUACCUCCACUCUGCGCCAUCUCGUCAUUGUUGUUGAUGAGGACAACCACUGUUGUGUCAUCAGUGAAUUUGAUGAUUUGGUUUGAACUGCAACUAGCACUGCAAUCAUGAUCAGCACUGUGAACAGCAGCGGAACGAGCUGCCAGUCAGGUAGGUACAACAAUGACGUUUGGAUUAGAAUGUAUAUGGAUAGGAAAGAUUGAGAGAGAUGCAGGUAAAUGGGGCUAGCUUAAACACAAGAGAUCCUACAGAUGCUAGAGGAACUCAGCAGGUCCUGAUUGAGGAUCUCAGCUUGAAAUGUUGAUUCUUUUUUCCUUUUCAUUGGAUGCAGCCGACCUUACUGAGUUCCUCCAGCAUUUUGUACGGAACAAACUUAGGUGGGUACCUUGGUUGGCAAGGGUGGAAUGGGUUGAAGGGCUGUUUUCCUGCUGUAUUUCUUCAUGACUCUACAAUGCAAUGCUGAGGGAGUGCUGCUCUGUUCGUGUUGCCAUUUCUGAUGAGGGGUAUUGAACUGGGGUCUUAUCAGAACCAGAUUUAUUAUCACUGUCUCACAUGACGAGAAAUUGUUGUUUUGAGUAGCAGUACAGCGCUUUCAGGUGGGUGUAAAAGAUGAGGUGAUUUUAAGAAAAAAUUUGGGGCAAGGGUGUGGGGUGAUAAUACCCAGGUGUAGUAAUCAAUAUUUAUCCUUCAGGCUAUGAGUAAGUGUGAUUGUGUGGUUAUUAAUAUAGUUCUUUAUGGGAUCUUGUUCUGUGCAAAGUGAGUACUGCAUCUCCUGUAAUACAACUGGACAUCAAGAGUACUUACCAGCAGGUUGGAAGCCUCCUGAUGACAUGAAUAUCAACUUCUCCAAUUUCCAGCGAUUUCCCCUACUCCCCAUUCUCUCUUUUUCCAUUCUCCAUUCUGGCUCCCCCAUUCCCUUUCUUCCAUGGUCCACUCUCCUCUCCUAUAAGAUACCUCCUUCUUCAGCCCUUUAGCUUUUCCAUCUAUCGUCUCCCAGCUUUUCAUUUCAUCCCCCUCCCUCUCACCUGGUCUCAUGUAUCACCUGCCAGCAUGUACUUCGUCCUCUUCUCCCCCCCUGCCCUCACCUCCAACCUUCUUAUUCUGGCCUCUGCCCCGUCCUUUCCUGUCCUGAUAAAGGGUCUCAACUUUUGCACUAUUUAUUUAUUUUUGCAACCUUUUUUUAUGUAUUGCACUCUACUGCUGCCGCAAAACAAGAAAUUACACGACAUAUGCCACUGAUAAUAAACUUGAUUUUGAAACUUCAGACAUUGAAAAUCUAGAGAAAUUGAAAUAAAAAAUUAAACAAAAAGUUUAAACAUUUAAGAGCCCCUUGUUUUUGGGCCAAAACGUCAACUGUACUUUUCCCCAUAGAUGCUGCCUGGUCUGCUGAGUUCUUCCAGCAUUUUGUGUGUGUUGCUUGGAUUUCCAACAUCUGUGGAUUUUUUUCUUGUUUGGAAUGAGGAACUCAGCAAGUCAGGCAGUACCUAUGGAAGGGAAUAAACAGUUGCUGUUUCGAGCUGAGAAUCUUUAGAAAGAAAAAAAUGGAGGGGAGGGAGGGGUUAUUCUGGUGGAAUAAUAUUCUGGUGGCCCCUUAUUUUCCACUCAGAAUGAUCUGAUUUCUCCAGCUUCAGAGUACAAAGAAAUCCCUAUAACACGGGUUCCCAACUUUUCUUAUGCUAAUGACCCAAUGUGGACCCUAGGUAAGCUUUUCAGUUUUGGAACAUUUGAAUUCUUAUCAGCUGAUAGUUUGGAAAACUUGUGACAAACAUUACCUUUUGAACAUGUGAAAUUCAACCAGAAUCCUAUCGAAUUGGGAAAAGAAGAGUUCUUGAGACAUUAUCAACAAGCAUUGCGUAUUUUAAAAAUAACUUUCUAUGCCACUGGAAUCAAUUGCUAAUCUAAGGAUUACUCCAUAAUUGGUUGUUACUGACGCAAGAGUUGAGCUUUUUCUAGAAAACAUUCUUAUUGUUUGCAAAACAUUUGUAGAACACAUUCUUGAAGUUUUACUUUCAAAAAUUUGAUGUGCAUUUGAAAUGCUACCUCAACAUUUUGAGUGAACACGAAAAAAUCCUGGCUUUGCAUUUUAUACCAAUUGCUUAUGAAUUGUUUUGCCCUGAGCACAAAUUUCUUCCAUUCCACAGGUCAUGAGGGGGCAUUUCAAUGUGAAUAAUCUUCACUGUAGUGGCCCUUACUGCAGCUCAUUCUGAAGUGUUUAUUUGUGAGUAACUUUAAGUAUACUUUGCUAACUGUGUGUUCCUUUUGGUGGUACUUAUUCAUGUCUAAUCAAAGAGGUGAAGAAAAGUAGUAGAUAGGAACUGAUGGCCAUCUAGCCUUUCAAGGCUGCUUUGCUAUUCAUUAAGACCAUGGCUUAACUUCUCCACCGAUUUUGGGCAGCAUGCUUAUGGGUAGCAUAAUGCUAUUACAGCACCAGUAACCUUGGUUCAAUUCCCCCUGCUGUCUUUGAGAAGUGACAUUCUGCCAAUGACUGUGUGGGUUUCCUGUGGGUUCUCCAGUUUCCUCCCACAGCCCAAAGGCUUACAGGCUAGCCAGUACUUGUGAAAUUUGGUCCUAUGGGUGUAAUUGGGUGUCGUGGGCACAUGGGUGGCAAGUUACCAAGCUGUAUCUCCAAGUUAAAGAAAUAAACAAAUUCAAGAAAGAGAGGAUUGAACUGUACAUGUGUUAUCUGUGACAAUAAAAUAGCAAUUGCCGCCGUCUGCAGGAUGAUAACCACAUUAGGAGAAAGUUAAUGUAUAAUAGGAAGUUGUUAGGUGCAGAUGUAGUUUGUAGAUAUAGAUUAGUACGGAAGAACUAGAAUAAUAUGAACCGUAAAACCACAAUCUAAUUUGUGAUUUGUAAUAAGAAUCUUAUUUGAGUUGCAUUCAAACAAUACCAAUAAACAUUCUGGUCUCAAAGAAUAUCUUCUAAACACAUGAGAUUCUGCAGAUGCUGGAAAUCUAAAGCAACACAUACAAAAUGCUGGAGGAACUUAGCAGGUCAGGUAGCAUCCAUGGAAAUGAACAACAGUUGAUGCUUUGGGCUGAGGCCCUUCUUCAGGACUCUUCUUCUUCUUCUUAAGCCCGUCACACCUGCUGGGGCAUAGGCCUCACCAGAGUCCUCUCUCCUGUGCCAGCCUUUCAAGUUUUCUCCAGGUGUAGCUCAUCUUCAAAGAUGGGCUACACCUGGCGUUUCUGUAGCUCUGGGUUUUUACGGGAAGAAGUUGCUAGCCCCGUGCCCAACCCUCCUUCUUUCACAGCCAGGCUUGCGGCAGUCAAUGGCAGAAUUUUCAAAGAUCAU